ACAGUUAGUCAUUAUUCAUAAUAAUUUAUAAUGUAAAUUGGUGUCGUUGUGCGUAAAUGAGCAUUGAUUCGCUAGGUAUAUUACCAUAUUCAUUAAAUUGUGUAUGGACAUGGCGCUGAGUGACCUAAAACAGACAUUUUACAACUUUGCGGCAAUGUGUUCAAGCAGUUUAUAACAGCCAAAAUACAGAUGGUAUUUUUCAUGUGAAAAUUUGUUUCUUUUCAAGUUAUUUAUAUUCACACAUACCAACACAUUUUUAUAUGGUUGGUCAUGAAAUCAGUUAAGUUUUAAAAGCAAGUGAAUAAACUAUUUUAAUCUAAAAUUGUGUAUUUUUAAAAUUGAUGGCUUUUAAAAGAGUAGUCUAGCAAAAUAAAAUUAAAGACAGUGUAUUUUGUGCUUUAAAGUGGAUUGUACAAUACGUUGGCAAUUGUAAAAAUGCAUCUACAUCAAAAUCAGGCUUAGGUACUCAAUAAGUGUGUUCCUAAAUAAGAGUGUAGUUAAUCUUUUUAAUAUAAAAUAAAACCAAAUUAUUUAUUUGUACAUAAUAUGGAGAGACUUAAACUCGACUACACUACAGUAGAUAUUAAAAAUCUUACGUCAUAUUACUCAGAUAUUAGGUAAUAUUAAAUCAGAUACCUUACCACUAUGUCUUAUAAAAUGUUUCUCUUACACUCAAGGUACAGAUUCUGGUAAAAUGGAUCUUCGAAACCCCGCACAAAAUGCAGACUAUUCGGAGGUGCAGUUCGUCGCUUCAGUACAAGGAACUGGAGGAUGCGCAGGCGCAGAACGAGCACGUGGUGACCAGGGCAACGUCGGACCCGCAGCCACGCCCAGACAACACACCUGAAAAUUCUUUUAAGUAUGAUGACCUACAAGUAAGACUGGCGGCGCCUUUCCAACUGCAGCCCAAACCAGAAGCGAAUGCCCUCGGCUUCGGGAAGUACUUCACCGACCACAUGCUCACGAUCCAGUACCACAAAGAGCUCGGAGGCUGGCAGAAACCUGAAAUAACGCCUUUCGAGAAUCUGUCAUUGCAUCCUGCAGCGAAAGCAUUACACUACGCGGUACAGCUAUUUGAAGGUUUUAAAGCAUACAGAGGAGUGGAUGACAAAAUAAGAUUGUUUCGUCCAGACUGUAACAUGGAAAGAAUGAACUUGACAGCCCAAAGGUCUGGUCUGCCCACGUUCGACGGAGACGAACUAGUCAAGUGUAUAUCCAGGCUCAUACAGAUCGACCAAGAGUGGGUUCCGCAUUCCGAAAAUUCCACGCUGUACAUACGACCUGCAUUAAUAGGAACUGAGGCCACUUUCGGGAUAAUGGAGCCGGAAAGCGCUUUACUAUUCGUUAUUUUGAGUCCUGUGAGCGCGUAUUACAAGGCCAGCGAAGAUGGCGCCGUCUCCAUCUACGCUGACCCGAAUUUAGUGCGGGCUUUUCCAGGAGGAGUGGGACAUAGGAAGGUCGGCUCUAACUACGGACCAACUAUCGAGCCCACGGCGAGAGCGGUGAAAAUGGGCCACCACCAGGUAUUGUGGUUGUUUGGACCCAACCAUGAAGUGACUGAAGUGGGAACUAUGAAUAUUUUCGCAUUGUACAUCAACGAACUAGGACAGAAGCAGUUGUGCACGCCGCCACUGAACGGUCUGAUUCUGCCGGGCGUGACGCGGCGCUCCAUCCUGGAGCUGGCCAGCCAGUGGGAGGAUCUUACCGUCAAAGAAGAGGUGCUCACUAUGGAAAGGAUCAUACAACUCAAUAAACGGGGACGGUUACUAGAAAUGUUCGGUGCCGGCACAGCAGCGGUGAUAAGUCCAAUCAGUAGAAUUGGUUUCCUCGGCGAUCUCAUACACAUCCCCACCAUGAAGCAGCCGCAGCCUGUGUUCCAGCGGAUCAAAGACACGUUGCUCGCCAUACAAUACGGCCAUAUAGAGCACCCCUACGCUCGUGUCAUACUGUGAGUGAACUCCCUGGAAUCUUAUCUGGUUUAUGUACCUACUUCACGUUAUAGGUAUACACAAAAGUUUUGAGUAUGUUUUUGCGUAAAAAGGAAUAAAUUGAUUCGAACGAAACACAUGGUGGUGGAGUUAAUACUUCCCACGCAUUGUGUAGGUACCUAAUGUUUCUUUCACUAUUAUCAUGCUAAUUGUGCCGUGUGGUUCCGGGCUGUUUUGUAUUGGACCACUCCAUAUCUAUUCCAUGGAUGUCGUAGAAGGCGACUAAAAAAAAGUCAAAUAGACUUGGGAUUUUUCUUGUAGGCGAUGGGCUAGCUUGUACUAUUCCCUACUUGAACUUGUCACUAUUUGAAUUUUAAUCCCAUCAUUAGCCCUACAGCUGAAGUUAGCCUUUCAGGCUUUUUAAGACUGGUGGCUUUGUCUUUUUAUAUGCGUACCUACACGUGAUUAUUUGUAUGUUGUAUUGUGGUGGUAUUACCGCUAUUACGAUGUCAGUGUGCAUUUAUUUUUAUAAUAUUUAAACAUAUUACCAUAAGUUUUGUCAUUAUUGAGUAUUUAUUUUAGUCACUAUCAAUCUGUUUGAAAAGUUUGUGAUCAUAUAGGUAUUUGAUAUUUUUAGAAGUCAUUGACCAAUGGUGCUAUUCGGUGUAAAUGAAAAUAUAUGUAGGUACUAUGCACCUAUUUUUAAAUUAGUUUUCGUAUUUUAUACCGAGCUCAAGGGGAAAUAUUAUUAUCUUAUAAUUUAUCUAAUACCUUAGAAAACUUAUUUCAAUGUAGAAUACUAUGACUUUAAUUGUUGUAAUAACUCUAGUAGUAACGGUGCUUUAUGUUGUAUUUAAAAAUGCGAUAAAACUAGUAUUUUUUGUAUAUUUAUAAUAAUCUCUUUUCACUUUUACAAAAACAUAACAAAGAUUAAUUAUUUAUUAUUAACGGAUAAAUAAGCAAAGUUUUUGAUAAAAAUUAGAUAGGUAUAAUGAUUCCUUACAUAUCGACGGUUGAAAGGCUAAUUGUGGUAAGCGCCAUUUUGUGAAAGCUGAGAAAAAGCGGUUUAAAGUUUUAAUUUUUGGAAAAAAAUUCGCUGUUAAAAAAUGGCUUGACCGAUUUUGAUAAAAUUAAUACAGUAUAUUUAUAAGGUUAAAAAGUACGUAAAACCAUUAUUUC